CGUGUACGCGGAGAAAUAAUUUUACCUCAAAUCUGCAACUGAACAGUGAUUUAUCAAAGAGAUAACUGUCACUGGACCUUCAAAAUAAAGCCUACUUGACUUGAUAAUAAAUUAAUUCGACGCUAACCACAAAUGACACCCCUUUGUUUUCAUACCCCGGACUCGUCUAACUGUUAAUUUUUAAAUCCACCUCCACUGCUUGGUUUUCAUUCAGAAAGAGAAAACUUUAUUUUUGACGGAUAUUUGCGGUCAAACUGCUGAAAAAUGACCCUGACGACAAAGGUAAGCACGGGAACUUUUCGUGUUUUACUCUAUUAUUCUCUCGUCUUUGAAGUUUGUGUCGAGGAGAAGUCACAAUGAGUCAAAAUGAACUCCCAACACAGCUCGUGUUGUUGGAUUGUUGACCUGAAUAAGCUUCAUGUUAGGAUGAUUUUUGUCUCAUGACCUGUUUUGCAUCUCACUUCGAUAUCUAUUUGUAAAGAUAUGCAUUAACUAAGUUUAUAAUAUAUAUAUGAAUGUAUAUAGGGGGAACCACACGUGAUUAUUUUCAAUCGAGGUUUGAGUAAGUCUUGUUAGCUUUAACUUUCGGAUCAAUAUAAUGAUUAAACUAUAGAAAUUAAAAGUGUGUUCAGUGUUAUAUGAACGAUCGGUUUGUGUGGAUUAAACCUGUGUCCCCCUCCUCUUCAUUGGUGUUAGGUUAACGUCCUAAAUGCAGAUACCCACAAAUUCUGGGACAUAAAGUGGGUCAGAUAAACCGGAUUUUGUGUAACUCUCACCAUAAUUGAAGUCGUUCACAUUAAUCCCAGGCCAAAAAAGAAAAACUAGAAACAUUUCCCUCCUUAGAUGAAGGCUUUCCUUUUUUUUUACUUUGGUUGACAAUGUGGAAAAGUAUAUAAACACUCAGUUACUACUGGACUUGUUUUGUUCGGGAGACCCUCAAAAGGCAAAUAUCACCAUUACUUUUUACUGGCUGGAGUAACUGUGCUUUAAUUUACCUUUUGUUAUUUUCCUGUUUGACUUAUUUCUAAAAUCCAAAAGUUUCUUGUGGUGAUAGUUUCCUAAGCCCAAUAAUUUUUGUCUACAUUUAUCUGGAAUGAUUUUUGCUUAAGUUUAGUAGUCUUUGUUAGUAUUAUAUAUUAUAUAUAGAGAUAUUUGGUUGGGAUUGUGUCGAUGCGUUUGCGUUUUUAUACAUAAUUAUAUUGUUGUAUUUUGUCAAAUACAUUGGGUUAUUAGCAUUUUAUAUCUGUCAACCUCCAUCCAUCCGCCCUCGACUGCUUAUCCAGAGUUACUGACUCUGGAUAAUCUUAACUUCCCUCUCCCUGACCACUUCAUCCAGCACUUCCUGGGGGACCCCAAGGCCAGCUGAGAGACAUAGGCUGUGUCCGAAAUGAAUCACUCAAUCCCCAACCCCUAACCCCCAUAUGGAAUUUCACUAUAUAGUUAACUAUGUAGUGAACUCAAUCACUGGAGGUUUCGAACACUACAUGUCAUGACAGGAUGCCCACCACCAGUGAGUGACCAUCUGAUGGUUUUGCAAUGCUUUAUUGGAAAUUUUAAGUCGCCUAUAUAGGGCACUGGAAUUAAUCACUCAGGUUUCGGACACCCCUCAAAAUGAUGCUAACUCCCAUAUAGUCGCCUACAUAGGGGUUAGGGAUCCAUUUGGGACACAGCCAUAGUCUCACCAGUGUGUCCUUGGUCUUACCCGUGGUCUCCUACUGAUAGAGACCACCUCACCAAUAAUGCUUCUAGUAGGCAUCCUGAUAUUGGCCAACCUGCUCUCCUUUCAUCAUUAUUGACACCGAUUAUUGGAAAACUGAUAUCGGUCAACCCUGAUUUAUGACUGUUAUCAAAUAUGAAUGUAGCUUCCCAACCCCAGUGAUAGCAUACCAAAUCUGAAGCAGUGUCCUUUUUCUCAACCUGCUCUCAAACUAUUGAUAACAGCAUUGGCCAUUAAAAAAAUCUGAUUAUGGUCGUCCUCUUCUCAUACAUCCCUAUAACAAAGCAUUUCUAGCUGUCAGUAUUUUCUGUUUUUUUAAUCAUCAUCAUCAUCAUCAUCUUGUUGCUUCAUUGCAUCAUAUCUCUAAAUUACAUGCUUUACAUACUGUAUCAUGUUCAAACUGUAGACCCACUCAUGGACACGCUGCCUAAAGUGUAUUCAAACCUCGACAGGGAACCUUUGAAAAUAGUAUAACUCCACUCCAUCCAUUUACUUGAUUACUGAAGGUUAUUAAAUUCACUGCUGUGAUUUACAUAAUCCUCGUUCUCUGCUUUUUGUCUGCCAACAGGCCCCAUGUUUCAAAUCCAAGUUCAUCACUGCAGAGCUGGCUCGUCUGUUCAGCCAGUCGGACAGUGAGGAGGAGUUCGAGGGAUUCAGCGAAGAGGACGAGGAGGAGGAAGGGGUCAUGGGGUGUUUUGACAAACGGCGAAAGACAAAGGUAUAAGACGGUUGUUUCUGGCCGUGUAUUGUUGCUGAAAUUCAGUAAUACUGCAGCCAAAGCAUCAUAAUAGCUGCCUUUUCUUUCUGUCUCUUCCAGAUGGCUGAUUCAGAGGACGACAGUGACGUGGACACAGGCUUCUACUCUGAUGGAGAGGACGCUGCUCCACAGAAGAGGAAGAGUCUGUUAGUCGCUCUGAGGUGUGUGUGUGUGUGUGUGUGUGUGUGUGUGUGUGUGUGUGUGUGUGUGUGUGAACCUGUUAAGAAACAGAGAAGUGGUUGAAGAAUAUGACAAUACUGUCUUUUAUCUUAUUAUACUGAAACAUGAUGAAACCCUGAUCAGGCUGAAAACAAACAAACAAACUUUGGUUUCACGUGUAUUCACCGUUUCCUCUGAUUGUACAUUGGGUAUCAGGAAGUACCUUUUGUGUUGUUUUUAAUUUUUAUUCUUUUUUUCAUGGAACAAAAAUCAUUCCUGCUCCUCAGGUUUCCUGUCAAAAGAUUGUCCACUCCAAAACAGGACCUGCAGAAGUUAAACACCAACAAGCUGGUCAAAGAUGCUCCUCCUCCACAGAGAGGCAGAGGGAGGCAGAGGAAGCAGCAGCAGAAAGAUGAGGAAGAGGAGAAGGAAGAAGAGGAGGAGGAGGAGGAUCUGUCUCAGAGUCUGAGGAAAAGAAGCAAGAACAUCCAGGAAAACAAGGCCAUGGUGAUGAAAAGUUUUAACUUUUAGACAAACAAUCUUUCUACAUCAAGAUCAGCUCUGCCUUUGUUUGAUGCUGUUUGACUCUGGUCCACUCUGCUGUCUUACAGCUUGCAAAGCUGUUCGCUGAUCUGAGCACCAUGGCCGACCUGGCUCCUCCCAUCACCCCUCAAGUGAGUACAAGCACCAGCAGGAUCUCCUCAAAGCCAACCUCCAGUCUUGAGAAAGAAAGCUGAAGCACAAGUGCCAAAACCUGCAAUUCCCAGAGAGUCCACUUGAAGCUCUCUGUAGAAGCCAUUAAAACCAGAAAGCAUGAAUUAGCAAACAGUGUAGAAAUCUAAGAUAAGUUAGACCCGAAUUAAUCCUUAAAAAAACUGAUAGGUUUCUUCAGUUCUAAAAAAGAGGAAAGAGGGACCAUCUUCAGGAACUCUAACCAAGUCCAGUCACCACCCAGAUACAGUUUCUGAUAUUUUUACUGUUCUGUCUUUUGAACUCUUUUGUUGUAACUUUGUAGAAGAAGAAGAAGACGUCGGAGAGAGCGACACCACGAAAACGCAAGUUUGAGCCCGAGCCGGGGUCAGAGAGGAGAAACCCGUCCCGUAAGGCUCGUCCUCCUGAGAACUUUGCAGUGGAGGAAAAGAGCGAGCCGCAGCCCGCCAGAACCCCGAGGACCAUAGACCUCAGGAGACUGGUGGAGGUACGAUAUACUGUUCACGCUUCACUCUGUGCUCUGACAUCUUCAGCAAACACACAGUCAAAAAAAAAAGUGCUGGGUGAGUGCUGCAUGGGGUCGGAAUAUUGCAAUAUGUGGAUGGCAAUCAAAGCUGGAGAUCUGAGGCACUCUGAUGAAGUUAAAAAUCCUUGACGCGUUUCGACUCACUGGAGUCUUUGUCAGGACAUAGUGAACAAAUUACAGACGCCUGUUUAAGUGCAAAAAACGUAGGUCACGUGACAACAAGUCACCAAAGAGAAAAAAGCGCUGCAUAAGGGUCACAAAACCAACUUUCCAAAAACACUUAGAAUAUUAUGAAGGCAAAGCGAGGGCUCCUGAGUCCAGUACAGUGGCACUGAAAAAGAGCGCAUCAUUGUAGAUUUUUUUCCUCAGAUGCACUCUUUUUCAGUGGUCCUGUGCUGGACUCGGGAGCCCUUGGCUUGCCUUAAUAAUGUUUUAAGUGUUUUUUGAAAGUUGGUUGUGUCACCCUUAUGCAGCGCUUUUCUCUCUUUGGUGACUCGUUGUCACGUGAGGUCACAUGACCUACGUUUUUAGCACUUAAACAGAUGUCAGUAAUUUGUUCACUAUGUCCUGACGAAGACUCCGGUGAGCUGAAAUGCGUCGACACAAUCCCAACCAAAUAAAGGAUUUUAAACUUCAUCAGAGUGCCUCAGAUCUCCAGCUUUGAUCGCCAUCCGCACCGUGGACUUUUAUUAACACCUGAUAGAUAAGUCACUGCUCUCAUGCUUGUUUAGACACACAGCCAAGUUCACUUUUCAAGUGCAGACUGAUUACUGCUAAUUCGACCACUUUGCUGCAUGAAAUGCCUUUUUUUUUUACCCUUUUCUCCAUCAAAGGUCAAAAUCAUGCAUUUACUGGUUUUAAAGAUAAGUAAACAAAGAAAGGUAGACAAAGGUUGUCGAGUGCUGGUUUCAUUGGAAUUGAAGGUAUAUUUAAAACUGGCAUUUAUAAAUCACUGCAUUUCCACUGUGUGCAUUGCUCUGUGUGUAGAUGAAUCACCUCCUUUUUCAAAAUUUUGAACUGCUACAGAGUAAAACACUUUGUGUCCUCUGGACGCGCUGAACAGGUGGAUGAGGAUCACAUUGGUGAGAAGAAAAAGAGGAAGAGCUCCGCUAGGAGGAGCAGGUACGUGGUGAGGUCAGUCGAUGAGAUCACCAAGGAAGACCUGGACAACAUAGCGUACCGCAGCAAAGACAAAAUCUGGGACAAGGAGAAUGUGAGUUUAGGAAGGGUGAUUGAAAGCAGUGCUGUGAGCUGUCAGUGCAUUUCCUUAUCAUGUGUGUUUCUGUGUUUUCUCCUUCAGGGCAGCUCGUGUCACCAGUGCAGACAGAAGACUCUGGACACCAAGACAGUGUGUCGCAGUGGGGUCUGUGUGGGGGUCAAAGGCCAGUUCUGUGGGCCUUGCCUGAAGAACCGCUACGGGGAGGAUGUUCGUGAAGUGCUGCUUGAUCCGGUCAGUGCAAAUGAACACACAGAACUCUUUUGAACUCUUUAAAGGAGGUGGAGGUGGGGUCUCCAGAAACUUCAGAUCUGUCAGAGAGAGAUGCAGAGGAAUUUUAUGAAGUGACGAUAAAACAUAAUUAACCAUAGACCUUUUCUUUUUUCCAGGAUUGGUCAUGUCCAAUCUGCCGAGGGAUGUGCAACUGCAGUCUGUGCCGUAAGAAAGAGGGCCGCUGUGCUACCGGCAUCCUGGUGGGAUUGGCUCGCUAUAACGGCCACGACAACGUCCACGAGUAUCUGGAGAGGUACAAUCCCUUCACCUGCAGCCUUCUCAUUUUUACAGAUAGUUUUUGGAGCUGGAAAACUUACAGACAGGUUAAGAAAGGUGAGAGUUUCUCUGAAAACAGGCAAGCUAAUGCCCUGUGUUGUCUCCAUUAGCAUUCAGAAGGAGCUGGAGUAAAGCCCAGAGAGGAAGACCUGCCGACUCAGCUGAACCUGGAUCAGACUCCCGUGCUGCAGAGUACAGUUAAACCCAACUUGACGCACAUUUCUUUAGGUUUUAAUCAACCUUUUAUCUUUACAGAGAAACAGAAGCGACAAAAAAAGUGUGUUUUUGUUUUUUUAAUGUCACCUUACAGAAGGCACAUACACUGCUGAUAUGUUUUAUAUAUCCUGUUGGAAAGCUGCAUGAGAUGCAGAUGUUGUUUUAAUGUUUUUAAGUACACAAACCUGUGUUGUUGUAUAUUUUCAUUUGAAUAUUUCUACCAUACUUACCACUUUAUUUCCAUGUUUCAUGGUCUCCAGAGCAAAUGCAAAGUUUGUUUUACGGAUGCAAGUAGAGGUUUUUUUAUAGCAACUGGUGAGUAAGUUCACAGCCCUCUUGUCAGUUCACUGUAUAUUUUAAUAAAGAUCCACAUCGUCCAGAAGA